ACCGGUGGUCAAAUGUACACGUGGCUCGACCUGUGUCUGCGAUGGCUCCGUGCCUUCACUUGAGCCUUUUGACGGAGAUGGGUAGGCCAUUGGAAUUACGGCCACUGGCGCAGUAGAACUCGAAGCAUCGUCCUCGGUGCGGGGAACCUCGAUAGAGUCCUCGGAGUGUCGAAACUCCCGCGACACCGAAGAUGCCAUCAGCACGACCCCGUUGCUUUGCGAGUCGGUACUAGUCGACGAGGCUUGUACAGACAACUCGUUGUUGAUGGAUCCCGCUGGAACGUCUGCAUGAACGGCGUCCGAAUUGAUGACCGACGUCAAUGCAGCAGGAACCGCUGUACUCUCGAUGGGACUUGUCGGCGCCGCGUGGUUACUAGCGUCGGAUGGAGGCAAUGUCACAGCACCUUUGUUUCCAUCGUCCUCCAUGGCAACAUCUUCCAUGGAAGAGGUUUGCAACGGCGAAGGAGAUGCCACUGGUCGGGUCACUGGAGUGGCGCACGACUCUUCGUGCAUCAUGAGGUUGGAGGACGUCGCAAGUUUUGGUAUUGGUUUGCUGGGACUCGUGGGGGCAACGGGCGAACUUUCUGGUAUCGGGGUACGUAGCGCAGAGAGUGAUUCGAGAGAGGAAAGCCCUACUUUAGGCAUUGCAGCUGCUGUGACUGCUUGUACGGGGUCUUGCAAUGUAGAUGGGACGAUCGCGGCAGUUGUCGUUGUCCGGGACAAGUCAUGGACACUGACCGGCUCUGCCAAUGGAGUUGACAAUGCCAGAUGAGACUGGGAUGUUGUUUCUUCAUCGCCAACCUUUUGCUUCUUGUGCGGGGAUUCGACUUGCUGAGGAACGACGUCCUCAGGGGCCAGUGGGGAGGACAAGGUAGUCGAAGAUGACGCCGUUGGCGACAGAUUCCAAGCAAUUUCCGUGGAGGUGCCUACUGCAUUGGGUGGCCAGUGCUCGACGAGUACAGCACUCCCCACCGAGGUAACACCGGUCUGUGGAAUCGGCUCCUCGCACGGUUCAUGGUCCAUCCGGCGCUGUGUUGAAGUGAGCCUGCGCAGUGUUUGAUGGAAGGCAA